CUGGAGUCAGGCUCAGGUUUAUUUUGUAUCACAGACCCAGCCUGUCCUAGAUCUUGAGAAAUAUAUACAGAGUGUCUGUUUCCAACAUCAGUCUCACUGGUCAUCAACCGCAGUGAAGCCAUGCUCCGCUUCAGCACCACACUCUUGCUGGCAGCAGCCUGUCUGCUUGCAAGUGCAGAUUUUCCUUCAGAGAUAGUCACCACGUGUCUAGUCGGCACUGUCCAUCGCCUGAGCUGUGACAGUGGCGUGAUCAGUGUUCAGACGUCGAUGUACGGACGAUCGGACAGUGUGACUUGCAGUGAGGGAAACUCUCCAGAAGACAUUGCUCAAACCGACUGCUCUGUGGCAGGAGCUGUGGAUGUCGUCAAGAAAAGGUGCGAUGGAAAAAAGGUUUGUGAACUAAACAAUAGUGUCUUCGAGACGCCUGAUCCCUGCGCCAACACUGUGAAGUACAUACAGACCAAGUACAGCUGCCUCCCAGCAAUUUACCAAGUGACCUGUGAGCACUCCUUGGCAUACAUGAAGUGUGAUGAAGGUCAAGUUAUAUCAGUGUACGGAGCUGAUUAUGGUCGCCGGGACCAGACCACAUGCAUUUACGGCCGGCCAGACUCUCAAUUCCAAAAUAUUUACUGCUCAGAGCCCAGCAACAAGGUGGCUGAAAGCUGCGACGGGAAAAACAGUUGCAUUGUCAGAGCGGGCAACUCGGUCUUUGGGGACCCCUGUCCAGGCACUUUUAAGUACCUGGAGGUGGCGUAUACGUGCUUGUGGAAGCACUGUAUAAUUGUAGAGCCUGGGAAACCAACCACACUUCAGAGCCACAGUUCAGACCAGAUCUUCAACACCAUGCUCCUCUUCAGACUCUGCACAGCACUGUUGCUUGUUGCUUCAGUGGUUUCCACAGAGAGGGCUAUCACUUGUGACGGUAACCGCUUUGUCCAACACCUGAACUGCGAUAAUGGAGUGAUCAGGGUACAGGCGGCGCAGUAUGGACGUAGGGAUGGUGAGACCUGCAGUGAGGGAAGACGCAGGGAACAGCUUGCUAAUACAGAGUGCUCUCAAGAAGGCACUGUGGAUGUCCUCAGGAAGAAGUGCGAUGGCAAGAAGGUAUGCGAGAUAAACAUGAAUAUUCUUCGUACCUCUGAUCCUUGUGAAGACACCUACAAAUAUCUGGAGACCAACUACACCUGCUUCCCAGCAAUUCGUCUUGUUGCAUGUGAGCACUCUUUGGCCUAUUUGUUCUGUGAUAAAGGGCAGGUUAUAUUUGUGUAUGGUGCUGACUAUGGACGCCGUGACCAGACCACCUGCGCUUACAAACGGAGCGCCUCUCAGGUUGAAAAUGUGGACUGCUUGAAUCCCAGUAAAAAAGUGGCUGACAGCUGUAAUGGGAAAAACAGCUGUACCAUCAGGGCUAGCAACUCUGUGUUUGGAGAUCCCUGUAUCGGGACGUACAAGUACCUGGAGGUGGCUUACGUAUGUGAAUAUCCUCUAUUCCCCCCAGAAAAGUGACUGCAGUCGUACUCAAAUGAUAAGAAACACAGCAUAUCACACACUCAUUAAACGUCAUUAAAGCAAACUACAUCCGUUGCUGUGAUUUUGUCCAGUGUUCUUGAUGCAAGUACACAGUACUAAAAUAAUGAUAUUUAGGUUACAGUGAGUUAACCAUUAAAGAAGAACAAACACUUUCCAGAAUUUACAUGACUUUUAUUAAGCAGGUGACUUCUCAUCAGUACAAUACGUUUUUAAUAUCAUAUAGAACUUUUUAGACAGCUUUUGUGUCCAGUGCUUGGUGGUUUAGAUAGACCCCUGUUUCCAGAUGUUUGAGAUUAGCAUGAGCAGCUAUAGCUACGAUGGCUGACAAACUCUGUGGGGAAUGUAAAAUCUGAAUGAGAACAACUUAAAUUAAUUUCUUAAUACAUGAUUAAUAAAGUUUAUUAAACCCUACUGAGACAUUAUGUCUCAAUUCUAGUUAAGUAAACAGUUAAAGAGGCCAGUAAAUACAACACUUCCCUGCAAAAGUACAGGUUUUUUUUUUUUAAAUUAAAAGAUGAAUAUGAGAAAAGAGAUCAA